CGCCUCCUCUUUGCCUCCCCUAGGAACAUACAGACAAACAAAUGACACAGAGAAACAACUGCUGAGGAUACAGAGAAGUCUCGUCCAGUUUCGAUAAUUUUGCUGUCGUUACGCGAAAUGGGACAGAAUCGCUCAUCACUAGAGGGAUGGCCCAACAGUGUAUGGAAUGAAAAGCAACAUUAUUGGCUACCGCUUGGCCUCCACACCCACGUACUGAAGGAUUAGAUCUGUUUUUAUAGCAGGUUACGCGAAUUCAGCUCCUGAUCUUCUCGCUUUGAAACUGAAAUGGAACCCAAUGUGUACGUCAUCCCGCCUAGCAACAAUGACUAUGAGCUGCCUCCACCGCCUCCUUAUGAACCGCCUCCCUAUACAACAGUACCCAAGCCUUCGCCGCCUCCCUACACUGCACAAGUUCAAAGUGGCCAGUUUGUUGCACGGCCUCCCAUAACCCCCUCGACCGGGACUCGUAGAAGGAGGAUAUGCAUCAUUUCCUUCAUAGUUAUCUGCAAAGUGGCAGCUAUUGUGGCUGGACUAAUAAUAGGGUUUGUGGUCACUAAACGCCCAAGCACAACCCCAAGCACCCCGACCUGCCAGAUGUACUGCAGCUACACAUACACGUGUAUCCAUGCCUACCAGAUAUGUGAUGGGGUACAGGACUGCCGUUAUGGGGACGAUGAAAGAAAUUGCGGAGCAACACUACCGGCUAAUUGUGAAAAGAGAUGCGGCUCAUCCGUAAGUUGUGUCCGGUCUUCCCAAUGGUGUGAUGGGGUGUCCCAGUGCCCUAAUGGAGAAGAUGAGACCUCCUGUGUGCGAUUAUAUGGAGCAGACUCCCAACUGCAGGUCUAUUCUACAUUAAAGUCAGCAUGGCUGCCUGUGUGCGCUGAUAACUGGUCUGAUGCCUAUGGGAGGUUUGCCUGCCGGGACUUUGGCUACAGCGGGAGCAGCUAUAACAGAUCUAAUACUUUGCCAUCCCCAUACGCCCCUAACGGGUAUUUCAAGUUAAACAAUGGAUUCGGGAGCAGCCAAUUCUAUACAAGUGUUCAGAACAGUUCUUCUUGUUUUUCGGGAAAUGUGGUCUCAUUACGCUGCAUAAGUUGCGGUGUAUCCUAUAACAGCGUAGCCAGCCGAAUAGUAGGGGGGACUUAUGCUGCCUACGGAAACUGGCUAUGGCAAGUUGGUCUACGGUACAAUACAGGAAUUUUAUGCGGCGGGUCCAUCAUUUCCCCCAAGUGGAUAGUGACGGCAGCUCAUUGUGUAUAUGGGACUGAUGGCUUCCUGCUGAGUGCUUCUGGCUGGAGGGUUUUUGCUGGGACACUGACCUUGCCAAGUUAUUAUGACAGUAGCGGCUAUUUAGUAGAACGUAUAAUUCCACACCCUGGUUAUAAGACUUCCAGUAAUGAUAAUGAUAUCGCCCUAAUGGAACUGAGCAACGGGAUAACAUUCGGCUAUAACACCCAGCCGGUGUGCUUACCCAAUGCCGGAAUGUUCUGGAGUUCUGGCACGCCAUGUUGGAUAUCUGGUUGGGGUACGACCUCUCAAGGAGGUAGCGCUUCUACAUAUCUGCAGUAUGCGGCAGUUCAACUGAUUGACUCAAAUGUGUGCAAUCAAAAUUAUGUGUACAAUGGGCAAAUUACAGCUUCUAUGAUAUGUGCUGGCUAUCUUAGUGGGGGAGUAGAUUCAUGCCAGGGUGACAGCGGAGGCCCAUUGGUUACCAAAACAAAUGGCACUUGGUGGCUUGUUGGUGACACCAGCUGGGGAUAUGGCUGUGCCCAACCCAAUAAACCUGGUGUAUAUGGGAAUAUGACAUCGUUCUUGGGAUGGAUAUAUUUACAGAUGAGGACUUACAACUGAUGAAUGAUGAUUUAUUACAAUGGAUUAAUAUUCCCAGUGUUGGCACAAAAUAAACUCACCAUUGCUACUUAACCAAAAUGAUGUUUGAUGAAGUACAAGAGCCUUGGGUAUGGACAGUGUACGACUCCCAGCCUUUGAAAAGCAAAAUGAAGGACAUUUUAGAUCACACCCAAUCCCCAUGGCUGCACCCAGAUAUUCUCUGAUCUGCCCCAAACCCCUCACACGUUAUAGUAACCCCUCUUGCUGGCCCACAGUUCAGCACUGUCCCACCCAAGGGCAGAGAGAGCAUUUGGCUUCAGCCCGCCAGAAGCAUAAAGUCCCCUUGGAGGAAGCAUAUCAAACCACAAAAUUUUUUGAUAUGUUCAAUAUAUGAUGUGCAACAUGUGGCCCUCCAGUUAUUGUUGAGCUGUAACUCACAUCUUCCAACAUUGCAGGGCCCCCUUUUAUUUUACUCCAGUCUUGGUAUCUCUGGGGCUUUUGAACACUCAAGGAUAUUGUGGACUGUAAGACUGAUGCUUUCAAAAGGCUCCCAAGAGUUGUGCUUUGGGGAAAAUUAAAGUUUAUUUCUCAACCUA